AUGGCUAGCGAAAAUCCUAUCCCCCUCAGGUGUGAUAUUCAUAAUGAUCCGGAUAGAACAAUUUACACUAUUUGGCCAUGCAAAGAAGAUAAGGUUUAUGUGAUCAAGUUUGCUAUUGGAUCUCUAUUGGCGAAUCUAGGUCACCAACCUCUCUCCCUCAAUUUCGAACUCUAUGUGAACGAUCCCGAGAAUAAAGAUCCUAUAAAGACGUCGGAUGAAGUUUCUAAAUAUUUCGAUAGAGUCCCUAACCAGGAUCAAAUUCACAUUCUCAUAAA